AUGGCAGAUCAAUUGCUGUCGGAAAUAAUCGAGAGACAUCCCAUUGGGAAAGGCCUCGAUGCCUUCUGCUCUUUGUUCAGCUCGACCUGCGAGGGUAGGGGCAUCUCGCGCGAACGCGACGCGUUGGAUCAGCUUGACCAAGAAGGGCGCGGUGCCCUUCGAAACGACCUCCUGAAACUUAUUGCUGCCGUCGCGUCCGACGACUUCGACUUCGACCGUGUCAAACCUCUCCUCAAGGAAGCGCUUGCCGACAAGCCUCAGGACACAUUGAUCUGGGAUCUUGUGUCUACUGCCACCGUCGAAUCCACCCCGCCUCCCCGACCGAUACCCUCGUCGAUCCAACAAACGCCGUGGAGUCGAAACACGAGUGGCUUCGUAAACUCUUCGGAAUUCCGCCAGGAUGUGGAUCCGGUCCUUAAGUUGGAGCUCGAGUGUCUCUAUGUCGGACUUCCCAAUUUCCACAAAACCUUCUUCGGAGAUGUGCCAGAUCUCGACACGGUGUCUGAGGCAGUCUUCGGCAGGUGUACCGAAGGCGACAAUCCACUCUUCAAGGAGGGGUGGAGUGGAUGGCCGGCAGGCGCCAAAGAGAGCGACGUGCUGGUUUGGUUUGGUGGCUUGAUCCCGAAGCUGGAAGCUUUCGCAAGCGACCGCAUUUCGACUCCGGCGGCUCGACGAAAGCUGUUGGCGCAGCCGAGGACACCACUGGGGGGCUCCACAAAGAUACCAUCUGACCUAAAACAUGCUCGCUGACGUCAGUAGGCCGGAUCUGACGGACUGAAAUUGUAUCAGCUUGCGCCAGAAAAUGCGCUUUGUUUGUAAAUGUUCUCCGGUAUACCAGUCACGUAUGCCGCCAGUUAUGCUAAUAUGUGACUUCGAGUCUUCCCCAACAGGCCAGACAGCAUGUUCCUUACUUAGAUCGACAAUCAUCCCUUGUAGAGACAAGACCAAAGAAACUCGGCGGGUUUUUAUGAAUGCAUCACUGGUAACGAGCAGUCACAUGAUCUAAAUAUUCGUAAGUAGGUGGCAGAGGACACGCCAUCAUUUUCAUCGGGAUACCUCUACCGGCACUUCCGAUCCAGUUCCAUGCUGAUGAUUGACAUUUCGCUGCCGGAUCUAAAGUUUCAGGGAGCUAAACUCUUACUAGCUGGCCGCUCGUCAUUGAAGUGACGCAUGAC